CUGGUUCAAACCAGUCCAGAAGGACUUGAAACUGAGCAGCUCAGUUUUGUGAGGCAAAGAACAUAAAGAACUUUAGGAGAGAAAAACGGAGGCCUGCAGGGAGACCACUGGUGCUCUACCCAGAACAUAAACAGCCAUAGGUCACCAAGAUCACCUUCAAUGGAGCUUACAACAUCAGCCACACACGAUACCAAUGGAUACAUACACCACAGUAACACAAAUUUCCUGACUUGAUGACCAGAGACUUUUCAGUUAGAAGAUGGGAACUUCCACCUCAGCUCACACCGGUCCUGCUCAGACCAACAUGACAGCUCAGACAGGAGGAACCAUCUGUGCUCCUGUUUUCCAUGGAAACAAUGUUCAAGGCUCAAUGAAUGUAACCAUUAUUCAGGGAGGUCAGGAAGCGUCCAGUUCCAGCACCAGUACAGUUCAGGCUGGAGGUUCUCCUGGUGCUCCUGCUCUCACUGAAGAUUUGGUCAAUGUACAUAAACAAAAACUGAUGAAGAAAUUUAACAGUAUUCAUGAAGGAAUCUCCCAGCAUGGAACAUCAACCCUUCUGAAUGAGAUCUACACAGAGCUCUACAUCACAGAGGGAGGGAGUGGAGAGGUCAAUAAUGAACAUGAGGUCAGACAGAUUGAGACAGCAUCAAGGAGACCAGCAACACAGGAGAAACCCAUCAAAUGUAAUGACCUCUUUAAAGACAGACCCAUCAAAACUGUGCUGACUAAAGGAGUCACUGGAAUUGGAAAAACAGUCUCUGUGCAGAAGUUCAUUCUGGACUGGGCUGAAGGAAAAGCAAAUCAGGACGUCCUCUUCAUAUUUCCACUUCCUUUUAGGGAGCUGAAUCUGAUAAAGAAAGAUUUCAGUCUGAUGGAGCUUCUUCAUCGCAUUUUCCCAAAUACAAAACAACUAAGAUCAAUAGACUGUGAUGCUUACAGAGUCAUAUUCAUCUUUGAUGGUCUGGAUGAGUGUCGACUUCCUCUAGAUUUCCAGAACAAUGAGAGCCUGUGGGAUGUAACAGAUUCAGCCUCAGUGGAUGUCCUACUGACAAACCUCAUCAAGGGGAAUCUGCUUCCCUCUGCUCUCCUCUGGAUAACCACUCGACCAGCAGCAGCCAAUCAGAUCCCCCCUGAGUGUGUUAACUUGGUAACAGAGGUACGAGGGUUCAGUGACCUUCAGAAAGAGGAGUACUUCAGGAAGAGAAUCAGUGACCAGAGCCUGGCCAAUAAAAUCAUCUCACACAUGAAGUCCUCAAGAAGCCUCUACAUCAUGUGCCACAUCCCAGUCUUCUGUUGGAUUGCAGCCACUGUUCUAGAGAGAGUGUUGGGGGGAGCAGAGAGUGGAGAGAUCCCCAAGACUCUGACUCAAAUGUUCACCCACUUCCUGAUCUUUCAGAUCAAACACAGGAAUCAAAAGUACCAUGGAAAAUGCGACAUUGAUCCUCAGCCGACUAGAGAGAUGAUUCUGGCACUGGGAAAACUGGCUUUCCAACAGCUGGAAAAAGGCAAUCUGAUCUUCGAUGAGGAAGACCUGAGAGAGUGUGGCAUUGAUGUCAGAGAAGUGUCAGUGUACUCAGGAGUUUGUACCCAGAUCUUCAGAGAGGAGUUUAAGCUGCAUCUGGGGAAGAUGUUCAGCUUUGUGCACCUGAGUGUUCAGGAGUUUCUAGCUGCUUUAUAUGCAUUUCUCUACUUCACCAGCAGAGAUGAACUAAAACAGCAAAUCACUGGUCUCUCUGGUAUUUUCAGAGAAUCCAAAAUGUCAGAUUUUCUUAAAUCUGCAGUGGACAAAGCCUUACAGAGUGAGAAUGGACACCUGGAUCUUUUCCUCCGCUUCCUUCUGGGCCUCUCACUGGAGUCCAAUCAGACUGUCUUACGAGGCCUACUGACACAGACAGGAAGCAGCUCUCACAGCAAAGACGAAACUGUCCAGUACAUCAAAGAGAAGAUCAGGGAGAAUCCAUCUCCAGAGAAAUCCAUCAAUCUGUUCCACUGUCUAAAUGAACUGAAUGAUCAUUCUCUACUGCAGGAAGUACAAACAUACCUGAACAGAAGAGAUGACUAUUGUCUCAUUGGAGUCAGUCUCUCUCCUGCCCAGUGGUCAGCUCUGGUGUUUGUGUUGCUGAACUCAGAAGAGGAGCUGGAUGAGUUUGACGUGGAAAAAUAUGUGCAAUCAGAGGAAUGUGUUCUUAAUCUGCUGCCAGUGAUCAAAGCCUCUAGCAGAGCUCUGUUGAGCAACUGUUUUCUCACAGAGAAAACCUGUGCAGCUCUGUCCUCAGCUCUCAGCUCAAACUCCUCCAGUCUGAGAGAGCUGGACCUGAGUGAGAAUGAACUGAUGUGGGAUUCAGGAGUGGAGCUGCUCUCUGUUGGACUGAAGUACCCACAGUGUAAACUGGAGAAACUGAAGCUGUGUCAGUGUAAUCUCACAGAGAAAAGCUGUGCAGCUCUGUCCUCAGUUCUCAGCUCAAACUCCUCCAGUCUGAGAGAACUGGACCUGAGUGACAAUGAACUGCUGCAGGAUUCAGGAGUGAAGCUGCUCUCUGCUGGACUGGAGAAUCAACACUGUAAACUGGAGAUACUGAAGCUGGAACUCUGCAGUAUCACAGAUGAAGGCUUUGCUGCUCUGGCAUCAGCUCUAAAAUCAAACCCCUCCUCUCACCUGAGAGAACUGAACCUGAACUUCAAUGAACCAGGAAAGUCAGGAGUGAAGCUGCUCUCUGAUCUACUGAAGGAUCCACACUGUAAACUGGAAACACUACACAUCGACCCACUAUCCAGCUGAUCUGCUCUCACACACAAAGGAUUAUGAGGAGAGGAUGAAGUCUUAGUACCAUGUAGAACCUUAUACUGAGUGUGUGUUUGUACUAUGUGUGUGUGUUUGGGUUCUUAUUAUCAAAUCUGUGAACACGCCUGCAGCACAGGACUGUUUGAUCUCACCAUAACAUCACCUCCUGUACACCAAUGACUGCACCCUCAGCAACCUGUCCAUCAAACUCCUCACACUGAUGGACAACCCAGCAUUGGUGAUGAGAGUGUGUACAGGAGGGAGGAGCACCGUUCAUCAUGGCAACAACAUGAGCUCAACACUCUAAACCAGCGGAAACGCUGAUAGAGUUUAUAAACUUUAACAACAUGAGCCUCUUGAACAGCUGAAUGACCUGAAACUCUGCUAUCUUUCUGUUAGUCAUGAGUAUAGUUUUUUUUCUGAUUAUUCUGAAAUUCCCACUGCAUUCCUUCAACCCCUGAACACCCCAGGGACUCAGCUCUGACUCUGCCAUCAACAGGAUCGCUGACCUUUGAUAUGGCGGAACUACAUAGUGUCCUGUUACUGACUCACGCAGGAGGCAUGGCAACAUGCACAGGCUCAUGGGAGUCUCCGUGGCUCAGUAGACGAGACAGAAAUAAUAAUUAAAAAGUAAACAACUUGGUUGUAUUAAAAUGUUGAGAUACAUUUGGUACUUCUAAUAGUAAGCUAGUGGUGUAUUUUAUUUUCUUUCUAACUAUUA